GCACACCACUAUCAUUAUCUUAGUUGACAAAAAAAAUUUCACUUUUUGUGUGUCAACUAUUUAUUCUAUUCAGGUAUAGGAAAACAAAAAUUUAGACUUAUAAAAAUUUUCUCGGCCCUAAAUUGUCCGUUCCACGAGGAAUUUGUCUUUUUUCGUUUCAAUCCCACAAUCAGUGGGAGCCGACCGAACCAUGUCAUCGCAGUUUCGUGAGAGGCGCGGAUUAGCUAGCAGUGCCAAUAAUGAACUGCCCACCAUGGAUCCCAACGAAAGUGACUUCGCUCUGGAGCUGAAGGCAGCACCCAAACGGACCUGCAUUCCGGAGCACCAACGCCAGAGAUUGGCCAGCUCAGACACCAACGUCUAUCAGAGUGAGAGCAUGUUUGAUAUACCGGACAAGUCCUGGUCAGUCCUGUAUUUUGGAUACGGAAAAGACAGGACCUCGAAAUAGCUGUAAUAGAAAGUCAUACUAGAACAACAUUCCGUUUUGCACUACUUUAAAUCGAAUGUCUGCAUCCGCCUGGCCCACUGAUUGACUCCUUCGCCACAACAUCCAUCCACCACGCCAUUCAUCCAUCAGAUGUCGCGAAAUGUUACACAUAUUAAAUUGAAAUUCACCCUUGUGCC